AUGUCAUUUAGGUCGACGUUUCCGGUACGGAAACGUUUCUGGGACGGGUACUGCUUGGGAAUGGCACGGGCACAGCUUGGGACGGGUCAUUAUAGUGAAAGUCAGAAUGAGGUUGAAAAUGAGAGUGAGAGUGAGGGCGAGAAUGAGGAUGAGGGUAAGAGUGAGAGUGAGAGUGAGAGUGAGAGUGAGAGUGAGAGGGUGGGACGGGAUAAAGGUGAGAGUGAAAUCGAUAGAGUAAAUAUACGUGAAAUUGAAAAGAGUGGGAGGGAAAAUAAGAAUGAUAGUGAGGGUGAGGGUGAGGGUGAGGGUGAGGGUGAGGGUGAGGGUGAGGGUGAGAUUAAAGUGAGCGAAUAUAAGUGA